GGCACCGUGCGGGGCAGCAGCGGGGCCCUGCGCGGCGGGGAGAAGCAGUGCUCGUGGGCGUCCUACAUGACCAACUCGCCCACCCUCAUCGUGAUGAUCGGGCUGCCCGCCCGCGGCAAGACCUACGUCUCCAAGAAGCUGACGCGCUACCUCAACUGGAUCGGGGUGCCCACGCGAGUGUUUAAUUUAGGGGUGUACCGCCGGGAAGCAGUGAAGUCGUACAAGUCCUAUGAUUUCUUCAGGCACGAUAACAAGGAGGCCAUGGAGAUCCGCAAGCGCUGUGCCUUGGUGGCUCUGGAAGAUGUGAAAGCUUACCUCCUGGAGGAGUGCGGGCAGAUCGCCGUGUUUGAUGCGACCAACACAACUCGAGAAAGACGGGACCUGAUCUUAAAUUUUGCUAAAGAAAACGCUUUCAAGGUGUUCUUCGUGGAGUCCGUCUGUGACGACCCGGAGGUGAUCGCUGCCAACAUCCUGGAAGUGAAAGUUUCCAGCCCCGACUACCCGGAGAGAAACAGGGAGAACGUGAUGGAUGAUUUCCUGAAGAGGAUCGAGUGCUACAAGGUCACCUACCAGCCCCUGGAUCCCGACGAGUACGACAAAGAUCUUUCCUUCAUUAAAGUGAUCAAUGUGGGACAGCGGUUCCUAGUAAACAGAGUCCAGGAUUACAUCCAGAGUAAAAUCGUCUAUUACCUAAUGAACAUUCAUGUCCAGCCGCGUACCAUCUACCUUUGCCGACAUGGUGAGAGUGAAUAUAAUCUUGUUGGCAAGAUUGGUGGGGAUUCUGGUCUGUCACCACGAGGGAAGCAGUUUGCCCAGGCCCUGAAGAAGUUCAUCGAGGAGCAGGAAAUCGUCGACCUGAAGGUUUGGACGAGCCAGCUGAAGAGGACGAUCCAGACGGCCGAGUCGCUGGGGGUGACGUACGAGCAGUGGAAGAUUCUCAAUGAGAUCGAUGCCGGGGUAUGUGAAGAAAUGACCUAUGCAGAAAUUGAAGCCAAGUAUCCUGAUGAGUUUGCCUUGAGGGAUCAAGAAAAAUACCUUUAUCGCUAUCCCGGAGGAGAGUCCUACCAGGACUUGGUUCAGCGCCUGGAGCCGGUAAUUAUGGAGCUGGAACGUCAAGGCAACGUCCUCGUUAUCUCCCACCAGGCAGUUAUGAGGUGCCUCUUGGCUUAUUUUCUUGACAAGAGCGCAGAUGAGCUGCCCUACCUGCGGUGCCCCCUGCACACCAUCCUCAAGCUCACCCCGGUUGCAUAUGGUUGUAAAGUGGAGACAAUUACCCUGAACGUGGAAGCAGUGAACACCCACCGUGACAAACCUUCUCUGAACUCAAACAACCUUCCCGCCAGCCAAAGCCCAGUGAGGAUGAGAAGGAGCAGCCUCACCCCGCGGGCCAGCACAGACACAGAGCAGCGCCCGCGGCAUCACAGCGUUGGGAGCAAGCCCCUCGACCCGCUGGGGCCCUUCCCCUUCCUGGAAGCUCGAGGUGGAUCUGGUCGGCCGCGGCUGCCAGCCGGUGUCCAGCCUCCAGUGGGAAAUGCUUGCCUAGGAUGGCUGGUUUAGCCAUGUAGAGGCUGGUGGCUUCACCUCGAAGGCAGCCGGGACAUCGGCGGCCGGGAGGAGCGCGGGGAGCCCCGAGCUGGCAGCACCAUGGGGAGCACAGUGAGCCCUGGGCGCUCCGGCCAGCAGUGUCCUCGCUCGUGUGCUUCGCAGCCUCUGUGUCCUGUCCUUCCGAAUGCUGAAAUGUCUACCAGUGACACUGGAGAGAUUUUAUCAUGAAGAUUUUUAAACCGCUUUUAAUGUGCAUGUGUGCGUGUGAGCAUGCGCGUCCUCGAGCCUGCUGGGAGAGGUGCGUGCUGCUCGGCCCCGCGGGGGUUGGGGUCAUCCCCUGCACCUCUCCUCCCGUCGGAUGGCGUGAGUAUCUGCAGCGUGUGCGAGGACGAAGCUGUUUUCUGUACAUUUCUGUACUUGCUGAAGUAGCUUUUAUUGGAAGAUGUUCUCAGCACGCCUAAUCCCAUUUAACUUUGCUUUCGUGGCUGCUGAUUUGAAUCCCCAUAUGUGAGCCUCUUUCUUUGGUUUGGGAAGGGUUUUUUUGCACGUGGCAAAGCAGAAGGUGUGUAUGGGGUUGGCUGAUCCCGGGAGAAGCUCCCUGUGAGGGGACAGAAGUGCCCAGUGCCCUCUGCAAACAGUCAAGCUGCCAGUGCUGCUGCCCGUGCUGCAAGCCUCGCCCUGUCCGCCUUUCUCCUGGGCUCUGUGGAUGCUUUUCUCUCUUGCAACAGAAACUCCUCGUUCUGCCCUGCAUUGUUUUGCUCCUGCAUUCCACAUUUAAUGUCCUGUUCCUUUUACCUUUGCCAAAAACCUCUCAAAAUAAGCUUGGAUGUUUGUCCGUGCGUGCUUGCACACGAGCAGUGAAUCCACAGGGCUCAGUUUGUAGACAGAGGCUGAGUAACAUUAAUUCCGCAGAACAUUUCCUAUUUCUCAAGUUACUGUUGUUUUCAGAGGCUGUGGGUGAGGUGAGGAGGAGCAGCGAGGCCAUGCGUGCAGGGUUGUAAGCAGCACGUGUUUUUUUAUUUGUUGUCUCUUGUACCAAGUUUUAGCCCCAAGUUUUAGGCAACACAUUUCUAAACUUGCAUACGAUUAAGCUGUGAAAGUUACUGGUGUUUAUUGCUGCCUUUCAGAGAGUUUAAGCUCUUUUAGUACUUAGGACACGGUGCAACUCCUGUGGCGCUGGCUGCCAGUUGCUGGAGCACCCUGCUGAGCUGGGGGGCAGGCGACCCCCCAGAUGUUCAGUUUUGUCCCACGAGCCUUGACUCGUGUUUUGCCAAACUCCAUUUGUCUCACUCCUACUGUUCUCAGACUCCUACUGUCUUUUAUAACAAAGACAAACCUGUCAGGCUUGCAGUCCCGAGGUUGGGUGAAGAAACGGGCGUUUAGCUACAAGCAGGAGGCUGUUACGGACCUGCUGCUUCCAGUAACUCCAGGAUCUGUGUGAGCAACCUCUGGGACCCAGCCCGCUUAUUGUAAAGGCAUAAAUAAAUGCCAGGCACACCCCACCUGACCCCCAGAAAUGCAGGCUUUCUCUGCCCUUGCUGCCGAGGAGCUCAGCAGCCCGAAGCCUGAGGUUUACCUGGGGAUUUUGAGAGCUCAGAGCCAGUUGUUUUAAACGUUCCCUGAGCUUUAAUUCUCUACAGCUGAGAUAGAGAGGGCCACGGGUACGGUGCUUAGAAAUAAACCAGAAAAAGGGAAGGAGGGAAAUGGGGGGAAAAAAUGAAGGAAGAGGUUUGUAGCCUGCAUAGCAUAGCAGUGCUCGCUGAUGCUUUCUGCCCCUUUCCGCAGUAAUCCUCUAAACGCACAAAGCGGCGCCGGGACAGGCUGCCUGCCUCUUCAACAGACCUGCUGCACGGGAAGAGCCCGUGGAAACUCACUGUGAGAUGUUAACGCACAACAUGCUGCCGUGACCGUACACGGUGAUAAGGAGUUAGUUACAUUUGUAUCAUUGAGUAGGUAUUGGGUGUACUGAGACAGAUGUCUCUUUUUACCUGCCAGAACUCACAAAUGUAGCUCUAAUACAUUGGCAGUCGUAACUGUUAAAUCACUGCUAAAAAUCGGGACAGAGCCUCCCAGACCCAUCUGCAGGAGUCAGGAUGCGAGCCUCAGUGCUUUAAAGCCUAAAUAUAGCUUCUCCUCCUGCUUUUUAACUUGUAAAAGGUGUAAAUACGUGCGUCUGUAAAGCAGGGCAUUAGAAAAUUUUGUGGAGACCAUGUGUGGGGGAUGGCAGCGAGCGCAUGCCUCUCCCCAUGCCCAAACGGCCGGGUGGGUGCCAGGUAUUUCCUUGAAACCACCUGAUUCCCUUGGCACUAUUCAUGCAAAUACCCCAGAAUAAACAAAGAUUGCACAAUUUACAUGAAUUUAAGAUUAGCAGGGGCUUGUGCUGUUGGUCAUAGCAAAGCCAUUGUGUUAGGCUAAGCAGGUCCAAGCCCUGUUCAAAGCACUCCAGUAGCUCCUGAAGGGCUGAGUGUAGCUGUGUGGAAGUGGACUUGUCUGCUUCAUGAGCCUUGCACCAAGACUAGAUCUUUUUCUGCAUUUCCCUGUCUUUCUCCAUCCAUGUUCUGCAUCAGAGGUGCAGUGAGCACUGCCACAGUGAAUGCCGUCCCUGUGGUUUGGGCGCUUGCAGGCACAGCAGCGUUAUGUCCUGGUUUAGAGAAAAAUGUCAUCAAACGUGCAAAAUCUGUUCAAUUUCUGCUGCCAGCAGGGCUGGGGCCCUGCCCUGUGCUGGUCUCAGGGUGCUGGCAGCGCUGCGCCUCGCUGCUGCUGCAUCGCUGAGCGCUGCUCGCAAGCUGCAUCUCUGCAUGGCAUGCCUGGCGAGGUGGAUGUUCCGUGUUUACUUGCCAUUUUGCUACAUUACUGCUUUCUAAUGAUUUUUUUUUCAGCUUUUUAGGAAACAACAAAAAAAAGCAGUGUAUGCAAACUUGUGUUGCGUGUCAUGUAUUCUUUGUUGUUAUGCAUAAAUAUCCCAUGGGCAUUUAUUUACAAUAAAGAGAUUAAAGAAAC